AACCCUUCCCAGCAGGGGAGGCGGGAAAAAAGCGAAAGCCUCGCCCACAGCCCUGCCCCCAGCCCCGCCGCUCCCAGGCUCCUCUGGACUCCGCGCAUCCUCCUGGGAUUGUCUCGGAGGGGACCGCGCCGUGCAGACGCCAUGGAGGUGGUGUUGCUCUACCUGUGCGGCCUGCUGGCCCCGGCGGUCCUGGCCAAUGCAGCUGAGCAGGAGAAAGAAAAGGACCCUUUUCAUUAUGACUACCAGACCCUGAGGAUCGGGGGAUUGGUGUUUGCUGUGGUCCUCUUCUCGGUGGGGAUCCUGCUUAUCCUAAGUCGUAGAUGCAAGUGCGGUUUUAACCAGAAGCCGCGCGCUCCAGGGGACGAGGAGGCCCAGGUGGAGAACCUCGUCACUGCAAAUGCAACGGAGCCUCAGAAAGCAGAGAACUGAAGUGCAGCCCUCAGGCACAAAGAACCUGAAGGCAGCUGCUUGAACCUUUAGAUGCAAAUUCUGAUGCUUAAGAAAACCGGCCACUUCAGCAACAGAUCUUUCCCCAGGAGAAGCCAAGAACUUGUGUGUCCCCCACCCUCUCCCCAACCCCUCGACACCUGUCCUCAACUUGAUGAUGCAACCCCUGCCUCCCUGCCGCCUGUGGUCUCGUCCGCCUCCUGUGACGUGUGUCUGUGUGUGUGUGUGUCUGUCUGAUGAUGUGGUCUUUGUGGCUGCUUGUUCGUGGAUGACAUUGUAUCUUAGUGAACCUGGCCCCACUUUCCCGGGCAGGAGCUGAGCCAUGUGGCUGUCAGCUCGUCUCUGCUCUCCAUGGCCCCAUCGCCUUCCACUCCCGGGAGUCUGCUUUGUCCCUAAGAGGCCAGUUCCUUCUCUUGAUUUACGGGUGGAUGGAGGGGUUGGGCACGGGCGGAGUCUCCGAUCGGCUUGGGACUUGGGAAGGUUUACAUCACCUUCGUGAUCCUUCUACAUGGCCCGUCUUCACUCCUUUUAUAAGAACCUUGCUUCCAUAUUUGUCCCUGGACCAAGUCUGUUCUGAGGUCUCUUGGCAGUGGGAGGUUCCCAGCAAGGAGCCGAUGAGCCCGCUUUGCCCUGGGGCAGCUACACCCCUUCCCUGGUGCCCAUCUGCCCCACCUUACUCCGCCCCUGGGGAACGUGCCCCUUGCAUAUCUUCUCAGCAAUAACCCCGUGGGCUCUGGAACCCCACCCCCUUCUCCAGCCUUUCCUGCUCCCAAGAUGCCCAUCUAUAGCCCAGCUCGUCUGGACUCAGACUCCUGUCCCUGGACUGAGGCUCUGUCAGGUGAUGGCUGAAGGGGUGCAUUCAGCUGGGGCCGGUGCUCUGGGGAGGGGCAGCUGGGAGAGCAGGGGUCCUUUGCUUCUCUGUCCACAUCCCACUGGCCAGGCAGCAGCGGGGGCUCCUGCACCCUCUGCUCGCCUGUCGCCGGCCAGAACGGCAAGUGCAGCGGCUGUGCUGCGGGUUAGGGACCCGGCAGGGCUCCGCACAGCCCUGCUGCAGGGGGAACAGCACGAGGUCGAAGCUGGUGAAGAGAGUGGAAAAUCAGACCCCGCCCCUCCCGCUCAUCGUGUUCUCGUGGAAACUAACCAAACCGUGCCGCUGUGACCAGGACUGCUGUUCUCUGUGUCGUGAUCUCUCCUCAACAACGACGAAAAGGAAUAAAAUACCACUUGUUUCCUAGUG